AUGCCCCUGUUCAGCAGGAAUGGACUUGGUGGCUUAAUAUCUCAAAAAAAGCCUCGACAAGGACAACAGAACGUAGCCACUCCCCAGCCUAAUAACUUAGACCCUGUUAGCUUAGAAAAUGGCGCAAUAAAAGUGAAAUUAGGCCACAACGUCUUGUGUUAUGAGGACGGUUUGUGGACAUCAGAGGUAGGGGGAAGUUCCGGAAAUACAUUGAAAGAAAUUACGAGAAUAAAAAAGCAUAACAUUCAGCUAGCCGAAGAAAACAAUUUACUGAAAUACAAAAUUAACGUUUUAUUAGAUAUGCUUGCUGUCAGUAAUGCGGACUACGUACUGAAGGAUAACGAACUCGAAUAUCAGAGAAAACACAAACAAUCAUGCGAUAAAUAA